UUCAUUGCGGGUAGUCAUGACAUUGCUGCCUGGUUGCCUGCGACUGCCAUCCAGCACGGGCACGGGUGGCUCUGCCUGCCCCGGCGCGACAAGAUCCCCACCAGCUCCCUGACUGAGCCCGGGAUACGCUACCAUGCCGGCAAUCCUGCUCUUCUGGAGCCGCGCCGAGAGGUAUGCGCUGCCUCGGCACCCGCGCCUCGCCGGACCCACCCGGCUCGGAGCCCGGCGGGACUCCAGCCCCUGGGGACACAGCGGGAUGGGGGCUGUCGCCCGCCCGGCUGUUUCGCUUGCCGCGGGUAGGAUAUAGGAUCUACCUGGUGAUAUCCCCAGUACGGCUGCCUAGUUUCGGUGUAGAGCUUCUGGAGAGGAUGCUCUCCGUGGCCUGCGAGUGACGGUGACAGACAAGGGGACGCGGUGGCAUUAGCUUUCCUUGGCGUGCCUGAAGGUGACUUCUCAGAAGUAGGUUUUGCGCCGUGGGCUCGGGGGACGCACCGUCCCCGUCCCGCUGCCCUGCCGCCACGGGGAGCCCCGGACGCCGGGCGGAAAUGCGGCACUCAAAUCCCUUCUGCCAGGGGGCCGGUGCCGGCGUCCGGUGAGGGGGACACAGGGACCCCCAUGCAUCCGAACGGGAAAAGCUGGGGAGGUGCACAUUGGUUAACGUGACUUUUUUCCAUAUCAACGCCGCCCUACUUUUCUCCCUACCCGAUUCGCCUGGCGGGUGCUCAGCCCUGGGCGUCAGCAGAGUCGUUUCUGGGGACACCGGGGGGCUCCUGGCUGCUCUCCCUGCGCUCCUUGGAGGGGUCUGCGUCGGGGACGUGACGGUACCAGGCGGCUGGGUGCCUUGUGGCAGCGGAGGAAUGCUGAAACUGACGGAUUAAGCAGAAGUGUCUUAAUCUGUCAGUUUAACGAGAAAGCGUCAAGAAACCAGUUAAAAGGAAAAUUACGGCACGGCGAGUGACUCCAUUGAAAAGUCUCUCCGUGCGUAGCUGGGAAGCACACAAAGGACAGCAGCUCCCCGGCGGCACUGCGUCGACCGGAGGAGCCCUUUCGGAGCCAUCCUGGGAACGAGGUCAGAGCCAACCACGGCUGCCGGGCUGGCAAAGAGCUGCCCUUUGGGUGUGCCGGAGGAGGUGGAGGGGGGGACUCACCAGCAGAGCAUCCCUUGGCGGCGGUGGCGGCAUCGCCGGCACGAGCCAGUGCCUUUUGCCCCGCCACCCUCCUCCCACCCUCCAGCACCUCCCGGCCGGUCACACAGGACCUGCCGCUGCCUGCGGACAGCCGCGAUGUUUAAAAUAAAACUAGAGCCUUUAAAAAUGACAGCUUGGACGAUGAAUGUGUUCAUAAAGUUUCGGAAUAAGUACUCGGCUUCCGGCAGCGUCGCCGUCAUGGGGAAGGACUAUUACAAGAUUUUGGGUAUCCAGAGUGGCGCCAAUGAAGAUGAAAUCAAGAAGGCCUAUCGGAAAAUGGCCCUGAAAUAUCACCCUGAUAAGAAUAAAGACCCCAAUGCUGAGGAGAAGUUCAAGGAGAUUGCAGAGGCUUAUGACGUCCUGAGUGACCCCAAGAAACGAGCCGUGUACGACCAGUAUGGGGAGGAAGGUCUCAAAACUGGAGGUGGCUCUUCAGGUGGCACAGGGAACACCUUCCACUACACUUUCCAUGGAGACCCCCAUGCCACCUUUGCAUCCUUCUUCGGAGGCUCCAACCCUUUCGACAUCUUCUUCGCCAGCAGCCGCUCUCGGAUGUUCAACGGCUUUGACCAGGAAGACAUGGAUAUGGAUGAUGACGAUGACCCUUUCAGUGCCUUUGGCCGGUUUGGCUUCAACGGUAUUAAUGGGGUUCACCGGCGGCACCAGGAGUCCCUGCACACGCGGAGGAAGGUCCAAGACCCACCUGUCAUUCACGAGCUCAAGGUAUCCCUGGAAGAGAUCUACCAUGGAUCCACCAAGAGGAUGAAGAUCACUCGCAGAAGGCUCAACGCUGAUGGCCGGACCAUGAGGACUGAGGACAAGAUCCUAAACAUUGUCAUCAAACGGGGCUGGAAGGAGGGAACCAAAAUCACAUUCCCCAAAGAAGGGGAUGCUACUCCAGACAACAUCCCUGCAGACAUCGUCUUCAUCCUCAAGGACAAGCCUCACUCGCACUUCAAGAGGGACGGGACAAACGUGAUCUACACAGCAAACAUCAGUCUUAAAGAGGCCUUGUGCGGCUGCACUGUGAACAUUCCCACCAUCGAUGGACGGGUGAUCCCGCUUCCCUGCAACGACAUCAUCAAGCCAGGGACAGUGAAGAGACUACGCGGGGAGGGGCUGCCCUUCCCCAAGGCCCCCAGCCAGCGAGGAGACUUGAUUGUGGAGUUCAAAAUCCGCUUCCCGGACAGAAUAGCUCCCCAGACAAGACAGAUCCUCAAGCAGCACCUCCCAUGCUCCUAGAGCCCAGGGACUCUCCUCCAAAGCAGCAAUACUCCAAAUGCAUGUGCCACAGCACCUGGCCUGCACAGAGCCAAGGUGUCACAGCACUUUUAAAU